GGGCCGCAGAUGGCCUGUGGCUGGUAGGGCUUCGCUGGGGCCUUACCACGCCCCCACUGUGCUUGGAUUGGCUCGUGGCUUGGGUGCCCGCCCACCCGCCGCCCGCCAUGGCGUCUCAGCUUCGGCUCCGUUCUGCGCUGGCCUUGGUCACAGGUGCGGGUAGCGGCAUCGGCCGGGCGGUUAGUGCGCGCCUGGCCAGAGAGGGGGCUACCGUAGCCGCCUGCGACGUGGACGGGACAGCAGCUCAGGAGACGGUGCGGCUGCUAGACGGGUCGAGGAGUGAGGAAGGGGCGCCGGGCGGGAACCACGCUGCCUUCCAGGCUGAUGUGUCUGAGGCCAGGGCCACCAGGCGCCUGCUGGAAAAAGUGCAGGCCAGCUUUUCUCGCCCGCCAUCUGUCGUUGUGUCUUGUGCGGGCAUCACUCGGGAUGAGUUUCUGCUCCACAUGUCUGAGGAUGACUGGGACCAAGUCAUAGACGUCAACCUCAAGGGCAUUUUCCUAGUUACUCAGGCUGCAGCUCAAGCCUUGGUGUCCAGUGGUUGUCACGGCUCCAUUAUCAAUAUCAGUAGCAUCGUUGGAAAGGUGGGGAACAUCGGGCAGAUAAACUAUGCUGCAUCCAAGGCUGGAGUGAUUGGGCUCACCCAGACUGCAGCCCGCGAGCUUGGACGACAUGGGAUCCGCUGUAACUCUGUCCUCCCAGGGUUCAUUGCAACACCCAUGACAGAGAAAAUGCCACAGAAAGUGAAGGAUAAGGUGAUCGGAAUGAUCCCAAUGGGACACUGGGGGAACCCUGAGGAUGUGGCAGAUGUGGUUGCAUUCUUGGCAUCUGAAGACAGUGGAUACAUCACAGGGGCCUCAGUGGAAGUCACUGGAGGUCUUUUCAUGUAACUGCCUCAAGGACCCUGGACUCUUCUCACUCCCCCACCACUCUGCCGGGUCUCCUGCUGAUGAGGACUCAAAGUUCCCAGGCUACAAAAGGGGUGGCAGUGUAUGGCCCAGGAAUGCUGAAUACGGGAGGCAGGGGUGCUUGUGACCCUAAUAAAUUCCAAAUCCUCUUCCCUGCCA